AUGUCGUUCUAUGAAUCAACCCCUCGAUCGGAUCUCCCUGAACUUCCAAAUUUCGCUCAAUUGACCGAUAGAGUCUGGCGAGUAAUGGGGCUGAAUCCUGGCAAGUUUACCCUUCAAGGCACAAACACAUACCUUGUAGGCACUGGCAAUCGCAAGGUACUGAUUGACUGUGGCGAUGGUCAACCUGGCUAUGUCCCUCUUUUAAUCGAAUCAUUGAAAUCCAUCCAUCCAGAGGCAUACAUUUCUGAUAUCUUUAUCAGUCAUUGCCACACUGAUCAUUGGGGUGGAUUACAGCAUAUCAUGAGCUCAGAAUUGAAUAAGCCCAUCAGCGACACAGGGAACAAGUUGCAAAAUAUCACCAUUCACAAAUUUCCUCUCAUGACCAAGAGCAAAUUGUACCAGUAUUUUUAUCAACAUUUGCAGAAUCUACCCGACUAUGUUGUUUUCAGUGAUUUAGAGGACAAUCAACGUAUUGAAGUGGACGAAAAUGUCCAUAUCCGAGUGCUCCAUACACCAGGUCAUGCAAAAGACCAUUGCGCAUUCUAUCUGGAAGAAGAAGAUGUUGCAUUCACGGCUGAUUGUAUCCUGGGCCAUGGCUCCGUAGCAUUUGAAGACCUGACUGAAUACAUGGGAGGAUUGCGCAAGAUACAAGACCUGAAGCCCUCUCGUCUGUUCCCUGGGCAUGGCGAUGUUGUGAAUAAUGGCACUGAAAAAGUGGAGCAGUAUCUAUCUCAACGGCUGUCCAAGGAGAAGCAGAUUUUGGACAUUAUGCUUCAGGACACAUCUGUCACCUGGACACCGAUUGAGCUGACGGAAUACAUGAACAGCGUAUCCAAGAAAGCGUAUAGCGAGCAGCUAUUGGCUGUUGUUGUGCGCACCGUGGGAUUGCACCUUAUUAAAUUAAAUCAUGAUGGGAAAGUUGAAAUGGAAGACGCGGAGCAGUUUAAAAGAGACCAACAAGUAGACCCUUAUGACGCUGAAAACGUAUUCAGAAUUGUGAAUCAAAAAUGGCGAUACAUUACUAGAGAGAGCAAACUGUGA